GCAAAAUAUAGAUUUAUAUUGUUGAUCGUACUGCCUGUAAUGGGUUUCUUCUUGGAUAGACAAAUGACUGCUGAGAUUGUGCCUGGAAUAUUGACUGUCUCAAUCCUUGUGGGGAUCUGCUUUGCAAAGAAUAUUCCUGCUAGUUUUGUUUUUGGAGAUUCCUUGGUUGAUGUAGGAAACAAUAACUACAUUGUUUCACUCUCCAAGGCUAAUUUUCUUCCCAAUGGGAUCGAUUUUGGAAUGCCUACAGGACGAUACACAAAUGGAAGAACAAUUGUCGACAUCAUAGGUCAGGAAUUGGGUCUCAAAGACUUCACUCCUCCCUACUUGGCUCCAUCGACAGCAGGGCUUGUACUUCUGCAGGGUGUCAAUUACGCCUCUGGUGGAGGUGGAAUUCUUAAUACCACUGGAAAGAUCUUUGGAGGCCGAAUCAACCAGGACGCACAGAUGGAUAAUUUUGCAAACACAAGACAAGACAUAAUCUCGAACAUUGGUGCUCCUGAGGCUCUAAAAUUGUUUGGAACAUCCUUGUUCUCAGUUACAAUCGGCUCAAAUGACUUCAUCAAUAACUACCUGACCCCUGUCCUCUCAGUUCCUGAACAGAAGUUAAUUUCACCGGAAAUGUUUGUUGACACCAUGAUUUCCAGAUACAGACUACAACUAACGAGACUCUACAACUUGGGUGCUAGAAAGAUUGUGGUGGCAAAUGUAGGACCCAUUGGGUGUAUACCAUAUCAGAGGGAUUCAAAUCCAGCUGCAGGAGACAAUUGUGUUAAUUUGCCAAAUCAAUUAGCUCAACAAUUCAACACCCAGCUGAAAAGCCUUGUCACAGAGCUCAGCACAGAUCUGCAGGGAUCACAAUUUGCCUAUGCAGAUGUUUAUCACAUUGUACAAGAUAUCCUGCAAAACUUCAUAUCAUAUGGUUUUGAGAAUGCAAAUUCUGCUUGCUGCUAUGUUUCUGGGAGGUAUGGGGGAUUGAUCCCCUGUGGUCCUCCAUCAAAAGUUUGUGGGGACAGAUCAAAGUAUGUGUUCUGGGAUCCAUACCAUCCGUCUGAUGCUUCAAAUGUCAUCAUUGCCAGGCGUCUCUUGGAUGGUGACUCCAAUGACAUCACACCAAUCAACAUCAGGCAACUUGCUGGAUUGUGAUCUUAAAGAUUGCAAAGAGCUUUCAAAGGAUGAGUUGAUAAAAAGUUGGUGCAUGGGAUGGGAGAUUUCGUACUCUUUCUGGGACAUUAAGAGACAUAGUUUAUAGAAAGUUUAUUAAUUUUUAGUAAAAUAAAGCCAUAGAAAAAGCAUUUGAUGUACCCCAAGAAUUUUGAUUACAAGCUAUGGUAAAUUCCUAUCUUCAAUAGGAAGUGAUGCCGGACAAGACAGAGUUAAUUGGGUUCUAUAGUUUUAUUUAAAUUGUAUUACUUAAUUGAGUUGAAAUUAUGUUUUAUUUAAAGGAAUUUAAGUUUUUUUUUUUUUCUUAAUUCAAUAAUAGGUUUGACUAAA